GAGAUAAUUAGGGGCCAAAGCGGAGCCAAUCAGGGACGCGUCCGUCAGUCCGCCCGCAGGUACCGAGCCGAAGAGCCGGAGCCGGAGCCGAUCGCGCUGACAGUUCGGUUACCGCCGCCGGCUUCACAGGCGCUGCGCUCCGGCUCCGCUCGGCUUCUCACCGGGGCUUUCCGGUACAGGCGCGCCGGGUUAGAUUGCCUCUGUUCUCUUUUUUCCUGCUCUAAGCAGAAAUGCACCCGUGAUUUUUAGGGGGGGAUUUGCAGCGUUCUCACGUUUUAAGCGCCUGCAGCGUUUAUCCUCAUGGCGUCUCAGCACCAGUCGCGGAUUCAGUUUUACCUGGAGAAAAACCGGAUCGGACCGCUGUUUGAGGAAAUGAUGACCAAGCUCAUAGCAGAGAUGCCAGAUCAUCCUAUUCCAUUUCUCAUCAGUCACCUGCAGACCAAACACAGCUGUUCAGGGAAGCUCUACAGAACGCUCUCUGGCUCGGCGGCUCUCUGGGCCGAGCCGGGCUCAGCAGAAUCCAAGGGCAUCAGACGAGACUUCAGGAGCAACGAGAAGCCAUGGCAGAUACACCCAAAGAAACCCAAGAAGUCCAAGAGCGACCUCGCUGUGUCGAACAUCUCGCCGCCCUCACCUGACUCCAAAUCCUUGCCUCGCUCCAUCGAGCACCCGAGCUGUGACUGGGGGGGCUGUCCAGAGAGCCGCGACUUUGACGAGCUCAACCACAUCUUGCAGGAGAGCCGCAAGCUGGGCAAAGCCCUGGAGAACCUGUCUCGUAGUAUUGCAGUUUCAGUUGAGGUGGAUCAGCAGGACUCCGGAACAUUCAGCGGCUGUCUGGUGCGGCCGCGGGUGGUGGGGCAGUGGGCGGGCCGUGAGGAUGAGGACGCCGACCCCCUGGCUGCAGAGAUGCUGCAGCCUCCGGUCCCUCGCACCAAGACGGAGGGCUGGCAGGGCGAGGACAGCGGCCCAGUGGGAAGCCUGAAGGUGGAGCCCAAGAGCAAAGGCCUGAAACAGCAGCAGCAACAUCACAAGAAGCUGCUGGCUGCCAUGUUGUCCCAGGACUCCUUCGAAUCGGCCCCAGACUCCCCUGCCUACAUUGCAGAGGACGACAUCGAAGACGAGGACGAAGCCAUGGAGUUACUUGAGGACUUGGACGACCUGCGCAUGGAGGGGGUCACCGGCCUGGCGCCAUCUGGUGGCAGGUUCAGUCAGGGCCGCGGCUCCUCCGGCUCAGAGCCCCAGGCAAAAGUGACCCUCAACAUCUGUUCCAGGUGUGCGAGGCUUCAGGGAGACAGCCUGAUCGCGAGGGACGGAGACGGGACCGGCGGCCUUCGCGUGCGCUUCGUCUCUCCAGCGUCCUGUCCAUCGCCUGGGGUCGGGAUCCUCACGGAGGCUGAGGCGGAACCCGAGAGCGCCCCCCAUGUGUCGGGCCCGCGUCUGCCAGUCUGGGACUCGGAUCUGAAGUCUGUCAAAGGCAGGAGCUCGCUGACUCAGAAAGGACUCCAAUUAAAGGACUCGCUCUUUGCAAAGGAACUGCAGAGUAUGGAGAAACAUCUCUCUGUGGCUGAGAAGGAUCUGGCUAAGCUGUCUGCAGGGCGGCUACUGAGAGCCCCCGGCGAGCCGCACGAAGCCAUCCUGCUCCCCCACAACGCCGGGCCCCGGUCCCCGCUGCUCGGGGCCACACCCUCACCUCUGACGGCCGGCGAUCCACAUUCAGGCGGGGGUGCCAGGGCCCAGACCCCUAGCUGCCUCCCUACACCCAGCAGCCUGGUGCCAUGGGCCAGCCUCAGCGGCAGGGAAGAGGCCCUGGUGGGCCAUGCUGGGAGGCCCCAGCUCACGCCGCCGGGCCCCAGCACCACAGACGCCCUGGGGAAGUCGGCAGCUCAGAGUGGGAGCCUGUCGGAGGAGGAGAUAUGCCACCAGCUGCAGGCCGUCCGACAGCCCUGGUUGGUUCCCAGUGAUGCGGAGAGUGACCAUGUGGAGUCACUGCCAAAGGACAGCCGCACCGCGAGUGUAGCUCCCAGUGCUCCCAGUAAAAGAUCUCUGUUGUCAGGCCUGUAACCCUGAGGACCUGAAGCAGGGAUGUGGCUCCAUCCUUAUGCAACUCACCGAAUGGCUUCAAGACUGUGUGAUGGGGAAAAUGGCAUUAAGGGGUGAUUAAUGUAUGGCACGUGACAUUGGUGGAG